AUGGCCACUCUGCAGAAAUUCAAGUUCCUAGCAACCCAAUGUGCCGUCGCUGCAAGUCCGACCAAGAGCCCGACGACGAGCCCGGUAAUCCACCUCCGCCGCCGCAAAACCCUCCGAAUGCUUCUCGGCCGCGGAGGGAGGAGGCUGCCCCAGCGCUGCGAUGACGCCUCGCCCGAUCGCAGCGAUGAAGAGCGCUCGCCGGAGAAGAGCGUGAGCCACAAGCUCAAGGAUUUGUUCGUCUCGUCGCCGCCCUCAUUCAGCGAGAGGGCUUCCGAGAAUGCUGGGGAGAGGCUGCUGCCGGCGGGCGGAGGUGGAGGUAGGAGAGGCGGGGCCCGCUCUCUGCGGCCUCUGUCGGCGACGUUUCGGCAACGGUUGUUGAGGAGGGCUUGGCGGCCGGCACUUGUCGCCAUACCUGAGUGA